AUGUCCAUCUAUUAUAAGAGAUUACCUGGGUUGGUGCCUUAUAGCUCUGCGCUAGCCUUGCAAGACCGUCUCAUCGCUGCAAAGCCAAAUAUCCACAUCCUCCUCCUCCUCGAGCACUCCCCCGUAUAUACCGUUGGAAGGCGCAUUAAGGAUGAGAACGCUGAGGAGAUUUCCAGGCUGCGUAAUUUAGGCGCUGACUACCAGUUCACACUCCGUGGUGGCCAGAUUACCUUCCAUGGUCCUGGCCAGUUGGUCGGCUAUCCGAUAUUCAAUUUAGCCCGAAUGCAGCUCAGCGUGAGAAAUUAUGUCGAUUUGGUUGAAAAGUCGCUUAUUAGAAUGCUCGCCGAUCAAUACGCUAUACGAGGCAUUACUUCUGAGCACACAGGCGUAUGGCUUGAUGAUGUCCACAAGAUUGCUUCUAUCGGCGUACAAGUCAGGCAUCGCAUCACUUCCCAUGGUUUUGCAAUAAACAUCACCAACGAGCCAUUAGAUCCGUGGUUCAGUAGCAUUGUAGCGUGCGGGAUACACGGCGCAAAGAUGACCUCCGUCGCUUCAACACUCAAAGACAACUCCAAUUCCAUAUCCAUGCACGAUGCCACCCAUGCAGCUGCGAAAGCAAUUGGCAAUGUCUUUGGUAUGCAUGUACAACAACUAGACGAUCCUCACUUAGAUGCGAUAAUAUCUGAUAGUCUAAACAGUAUUGAUUAA